CCCAGAUACACAUAAUUGGGCCCCCAUCCGGGUCGGCUUGUUAGAUUAGGCAAUUUAAAAACUCGGGUCAUCGGAGUAACCCGACCCGCUCAGCUAUUCUCUGUCGAACUCGUCCCGAUCGAAUCGCUUAGGGUUUCUACUCUCUCGGCAGCGAACGCAGAGAGAGUUUCGAAAGAUGAAUCCAUUGACGCUGGUGAAGCGGAUACAGAGUAUAAACGCUACGGAAUCAGAUCUAGGGAUUUCUGAAGAGGCCUCGUGGCACGCCAAGUACAAAGAUUCUGCCUAUGUCUUCGUCGGAGGCAUAGCGUACGACCUCACCGAAGGCGAUCUCCUCGCCGUUUUCGCACAAUAUGGUGAAGUCGUAGAUGUCAAUCUUAUCCGAGACAAGGCUACUGGAAAAUCCAAGGGUUUUGCGUUUCUUGCGUAUGAAGAUCAAAGAAGCACCACUCUCGCUGUUGAUAAUCUGAAUGGAGCUCAGGUGCUUGGGCGGACCAUUAGGGUUGACCAUUGUAGCAAAUACACUAAGCGAGAAGAGGAAGAUGAAGAGACGCGACAGCAGAACAGAGAGGCUCGUGGUGUAUGCAGAGCUUUUCAGAGAGGAGAGUGUACUCGUGGAGAUUUUUGCAAAUUCUCCCACGAUGAAAAAAGAGCUGCAAAUACUGGUUGGGGUCAUGAAGAGGACAGAAGUUCCAAGUGGGAUCAUGACAAGUUUAAUGGUGCCAAGAAGGGUGGUAAAAGUUUUGGCCAACGAGGAGAUUUCAAACCUGAUGCGGAAGAGAAGAGUUACAGAGAAAAGGGUCAUGGAGGAGAUGCCUCAUAUAACCGCCCUAGAGAUAGAGAAAGAGUGGAAAGGGUGGAGAGAGAGCCAAGGUCAAGAGAUUCGUAUGAUAGGAGGGAACAAAAGAGAUCAGGACGUCUUGACGAUUCGCAAUCUGGAAGAUACGAUGCUGACAAUGACUACACGAGGGAGGACAAGAGAUACAGAACACAUGAUAGGGAGGAGAAAUCGAAGGAAAGAUCAAGAAGAGGUGAUAACGACAGGGAGGGAGACGGUUCAAUUGUAGCUAGAAUCUCUGGGAUUGAUCUUUGUUGUUCUUCUCAAGAGAGUUAUCAUCCUUGGGGUUGUAUAAACUGGCUUCAUCCCGUAACUGUCAUUCUAUGUUUACUCUUCAGCUUCUCCAGCCGCAGCGGCCGUCUUCCUCCAGGACCUCGAGGACUUCCCGUUCUCGGUCAUAUGCAUCUACUCCGGUCUAGCCUCCCACGUUCUCUACAAGCCUUGGCUCAAACGUACGGACCUCUCAUGAGCAUACGCAUCGGACUACUAAGAGUCCUCGUUGUCUCAGAUUCCGACACAGCCAAACAAAUCCUCAAGACACACGACCCUGAUUUCGCUUCCAAGUUUGUCUUUGGUCCGAGACAGUUCAAUGUUUACAAAGGAGCAGAGUUCUUCAACGCGCCUUAUGGACCUUACUGGAGGUUCAUGAAGAAGUUAUGCAUGACUAAGCUCUUCGCCGGUUAUCAGCUCGAUCGAUUCGUAGAUAUAAGAGAGGAGGAAAGGAUAUCUUUACUGAGAUCGCUCGUUGAGAGAUCAAGAAACGGAGAGGCGUGCGAUCUCGGUUUGGAGUUCACUGCUUUGACCACAAAGAUCUUAUCAAAGAUGGUCAUGGGGAAACGUUGCCGUCAAAACUCGAAUCUUCCCGUAGAGAUCAGGAAAAUCGUGAGUGAUAUAAUGGCUUGCGCCACAAGGUUUGGGUUCUUGGAGCUGUUUGGACCAUUAAGGGAUCUUGAUGUGUUUGGGAAUGGUAAGAGGCUUAGAUCAUCGAUUUGGCGGUACGAUGACUUGAUUGAGAAGGUACUGAAGGAAUAUGAAGACGAUAAGAGCAACGUUGAAGGAGAGAAAGAUAAAGACAUCGUUGAUAUCUUGUUGGACACGUAUAACGACCCCAAAGCCGAACUCAAAUUGAGUAUGAAUCAGAUCAAAUUCUUCAUCCUUGAAUUGCUCAUGGCGAGCCUAGACACGACUUCUGCAGCUUUACAAUGGACAAUGACAGAGCUAAUCAACCAUCAAGACAUCUUGACAAAGAUCAGAGACGAGAUCGAGUCGGUUUUAGGAGCCACGCGUCGGUUAAUCAAAGAAUCAGAUUUGCAGAAGCUUCCUUACCUGAAAGCAGCUAUCAAGGAGACAUUGAGACUUCAUCCAGUGGGGCCAUUGUUACGCAGGGAGAGCAACAGAGACAUGAAGAUCAAUGGGUACGAUGUAAAAUCGGGGACAAAGAUCUUCGUGAAUGCUUACGGGAUAAUGCGUGAUCCAACCACAUACAAAAAUCCUGACAAGUUUAUACCUGAGAGGUUUCUUGUGGUGGAAGAGAACACAGAGAGAAAGAUGAGUUAUCAUUACCAGCAAUAUAUGUUGGAGUUAAAAGGUCAAGAUGUAAAUUAUCUUGCGUUUGGGAGUGGAAGGAGAGGAUGUCUUGGAGCUUCUCAUGCUUCUCUGGUUUUGAGUCUCACAAUCGGAUCACUCGUGCAGUGUUUUGAUUGGGCUGUGAAGGGAGAUGAAGACAAAUUCAAGAUUAGAUUACCUAACGGAUUUUCAGCUUCAGGUACUGCAGGAGGAAGUUCUCUUAUGUGUUCUCCUGAAUUAUAUUUUCAUCCAUUCAGUCAAAAUCAAGAUCCUAAGUGACAAUAUCAUUCAGAAUUCGGAAACAUGCUUAAACUCUGCUCUGUUUUGUGCUGUUUUUCAUAAACUUCAUACUUUUGAUGAAAAGUAUAAAUGCUUCAAUCUUGUAUAAUCAGUUAAUCACACG